AUGAGGGCGGCCUAUCUCUACUUCCGGCUGUUGGUGUUUCUGAGAAGAUGCCAUGCCCAGAACCUCAGCCUUGUCGAUCUCUUCAAGCGCACAGUUCAAAAGUAUGGGUCCAGCGUCUGCUUUGUAUAUCAGGAUGAAGAGUGGACCUACAACAAAGUAGAUGAACUGAGCAAUAGAGUGGCCAACUUGUUCCUCUCCCGGGGCUACCGGAAAGGGGACGAAGUAGCCCUGUUCCUAGAGAACUGCCCCGAGUAUGUCUGCAUCUGGAUGGGUCUUGCCAAAAUUGGCGUCAUCACCUCCUUCAUCAACACUAAUCUUCGUCAAGACCCUCUCGCACACACCAUUAAUGUCAUCGACGCUAGAGCUAUCAUCUUCUCACGUAACCUCGCCGACGCUGUCAAAGAUGCCAUAACAUUUUUAAAACGAAAAGACACCAUGGAUUACUACUGCUUCAACGCCCGGAGUUCUGCCACAAGUGAUGUCAUGGCCAAGAACCUGGACACGCUCUUAGAGGAAUCUUCUACGAGCGAAGAACCGCUGCGGAACAUCAAGAUCAACUUUGAAGAUAAACUCCUAUAUAUUUAUACGUCUGGCACAACAGGUCUCCCCAAGGCGGCUAUUAUCCGACACAGCAGGUGCCUGUGGAUUGGUGGAGCUGCACAAUAUGUGGCUCAGCUCAAAGACUUCGAGACUUUUUACAAUCCUCUGCCCUUAUACCACACUGCGGGAGGCCUGGUCUUCGUGUCCGUUGUGUUAGUCUUCGGUGGCAAGAUGAUCAUACGGAACAAAUUUUCUGCCUCCAACUUCUGGAAAGAAGCCGCCAAGCAUGGUGCCACGGUCUCCCAGUAUAUCGGCGAGAUGUGUCGCUACCUACUCAACCAGCCCCAUAGUCCAGAAGAAACGAAGCACCAGGUGCGUCUAAUGUUCGGUAACGGCCUACGUCCCCACAUCUGGCAGGAGUUUCAAGACAGGUUCAAUAUCCCGCAUAUCAUCGAAAUCUACGGGGCUACCGAAGGCAACGCCAAUUUAGUGAACAUGUUUGGACGCGUUGGAUCCGUCGGGUUCAUCUCCAGAACGUUCCACAAGUUGUAUCCCGUGCACCUUAUUAAAGUGAAUCCAGAGACGGGCGAGCCCAUCAGGAACGAGCAAGGUCUCUGCAUCCGCUGCAAACCAGGUGAACGAUACCUAGUCUACAAAACUGUUCAGCAAAAAGAGACGACUGCAUAA